GAUCGAUCACGACGACGACGACGACGACGACGGCGACGACUACCACGACCACGGCUAACGGGCUCUACCAACAGACUGGUAGGAACUUUAUGCCAUCGUGCCAGAGCAUUUAACCAUUGCAAGACGACGCAACCCACUGCGUACUCGUCCAUCGUACCUUGUCCUGGUCAUCAUUCUCCUCCGUGAAUCGAUAAUCCAUGUUUCUCUAUUUUGGUGCUCGACAUGGUGCACUGAACUUGCACCCCAAGGAGAUUUAUCAUGACCAGCGGUCGCUCACACGAAACCUGGCAGAGGGUAAAUGGUACAGGAAAGGACGUGUAUAUAGGAAUUUCCUUCUGUGCUUCGCAAAGCUGUUGUUUCCAAUAACGCCCGACGCUGUCAACGCAGCGGUUAAUUGUCCAGGUCCACAGAGCAGUUUGCCAAUGUCAUUCUUGCAGAACAGAUUGAUUCUACUUUACCGCCGCCGCUGUGCCCCACGGCUAGAGUGCUCCCUGACGGGUCGUGUUCGUUGCACCGUCUGCCAAGACCGAAUUUGUUCUACCGUUCCUACAAGAACACUUCAAUCUCGAUUUUGUGAAGAUUGCGGUCAAUGCACGACGACUGUGGCGUGCUUGCGCCAGAGGGCAAUCGUGGAGGUGGAUGGACAUCUUUAUAAAGAAGUCUCGUUAUACCGGCCUUCUUGGCCUAUCCGUGAUGGAAAACACGCUGAAUUAUUUCAAUGAAUUCCUUGUUCGCAUGGCUGCUGUUGUUUCUUAAUGAUCUAACGCUUCAAGCGAUAACCACAAACGCGCGUCUUUUCUACCACUGUACAUUCACCGGCAUCGUAUUUACGCUAACCCCUAUUUAAUCGACAAUCAAGUUCACAAUCUAAAGUUCUACUCCAAGGAGAAAUCGGUGUUUCGUACACUUGUUUUGCCCGUCCCCUCAGACUGAAGUAAUCGAGUCAAUUUACUGCAUUUUACAUGCGAAC